AUGUCCCGUGACUUCGAAGGCAAAGUGGUGAUUGUGACUGGGGCCAGCUCUGGAAUUGGGGCGGCCACAGCAAAAAUGUUUGCCCAGCGAGGGGCUAAGGUGACGCUUUGUGGACGGGACGUGGGCAGACUGAACGAGGCCGUGGAGGAGUGUUCCAAGGUUGGGGGCGGUGAUGCCAGUCGGUACCUGACUGUAACCGGAGACGUCACUAGACCAGAAACAAGACAACAGAUCGUCAAACAGACAGUAGACAAAUUUGGGCGCCUCGACGUUCUGGUCGCAAACGCCGGAAUCGUUGAGACCAGAGCCAUUAUGGAUGAAACAGAAGAAACCUUUGACAACACAAUCAACACCAACGUCAAAGCCACGUUUUUUAUUAUCAAGAACGCCAUCCCUGAACUGAUCCAGUCCAAAGGCAGCAUAGUUAUCGUGUCUUCUAUCGUCAGUACACUGGCUGUUCCGUCUGAGAUUGUCUACUGUAUGACUAAGGCCGCGCUUGACCAUAUGACCAGAAACCUAGCACUGGAUCUAGCUUCUAAAGGUGUCCGGGUGAACGCCGUCAACCCCACCCUGGUAUGGACUAGAAUCUACCGAGACUCAGAUCACGGCCCUGAAUUCGAUAAAUUUCUACAAUUGUGUGCAGCUGCCCAUCCCUUGUAUGGACGGGCCAGCACCGCCGAAGAACAAGCAGAAGUGAUCGUCUUCCUGGCCAGUGACGCUGCCCGUUUUGUGACUGGGCAGUGUAUCAAAGUUGACGGGGCCGUGACCUUGACGGGCGUACCCCCUGUGUGA